UAGCGGAGCGGGCGGCUCCGCGCCGGGCCGGGCCGGGGAUGGGCGGCCAGGGCUGCGCGGCCCCGCGGCCCCCGCGCCGCCCGAGCGGGCUGUAGCGGGGCGGGGGGCGGAGGGAGAAGGGGGGCGAUGCCCCGCGCCGAGCCCAGCCCGCCGCUGUGCUGAGCCGGCGGGGCUGGCCGGAGGCUGGAGAGCGGGACAUGGUGCUGGAGCCCCCCGUGACGCUCCCCGGGUGGGCAAGGGGCGGCUGGUGAGGAGCUGGAGAGCGGCGGCGGAGCGCGGCCACGGUGAGGGAGCCCCGAGGAUCCGGCUGGGGAGCCAUGGGGAGAUGCAACGGGCGAUGCACGCUGGUGGGAUUCUGCUGCCUGCAGCUGGUCGCGGCGCUGGAGAGGCAGAUCUUUGAUUUCCUGGGAUACCAGUGGGCCCCCAUCCUGGCCAACUUCCUGCACAUCAUGGCCGUGAUUUUGGGGAUUUUUGGGACGGUCCAGUACAGAUCCAGAUACCUCAUGAUGUACGCCGUGUGGUUGGUGCUGUGGGUCGGCUGGAACGCCUUCAUCAUCUGCUUCUACCUGGAGGUCGGGCGCUUGUCACAGGACCGAGACUUCAUCAUGACCUUCAACACGUCCCUGCACCGCUCGUGGUGGAUGGAGAACGGCCCUGGCUGCCUGGUGACCCCGGUGCUCAACUCGCAGCUGGCCCCCGAGGACCACCACGUUAUCACGGUCAGCGGCUGCCUGCUGGACUAUCAGUACAUCGAGGUGCUGAGCAGCGCCACGCAGAUCUUCCUGGCGCUCUUCGGCUUCGUCUACGCCUGCUACGUCAGCAAAGUGUUCCUGGAGGAGGAGGACAGCUUUGAUUUCAUCGGCGGCUUUGACUCCUACGGGUACCAGGCCCCACAGAAGACGUCGCACCUGCAGCUGCAGCCGCUCUACACCUCCGGAUAACCGGGAUCCAGCGGCGCCAGGACCCCCGGAGCCCCCGCGGGCGCUGCCACCACCCCCGGUGCGCGGGGCCAGCACGGCGAGCCCGGUCCCCUCCUGCCUCCUGCCCCCGGAACAUUCCAGAAACAGCGCCGGGAGCUGCUCCUCCAUCCCCCGG